CUUAUCAACCGCCAUUAAAUCGUACAAGAAGAAGAAGACAAACAUAAAUUGUGUACUUUCUGCUAAUAACCCUGAAGUGUCAUACAAAACUUCUGAAUCUGACUAACCUGUAGAAAUACACGCUGUUGCUUGAGCGAGGAAAGUGUUUGGGCGUUUAGAGCAAAGGUGCCGCGUUACAGUGGCUCAUAUUAACUGUCAGGGUGAAAUAUGCCCCUGUUCCGUCAACUUGAGCCCACACCGGAGAGAGAACUUCAGAGGAAGAAAAAACGGAAGAAUGAUUGGACAGAGGAUGAGGACGAACCAUCUACACUGAUUGGCCUUUGUCUUCAAAGCCUAGCCGAGAACAUGAAGGAGAUGUGGGCAAAAGAUUAUGCCCAAAAAUACAUGGACCAGUAUUUCUUUAGAUACAUCCUGGGUCCCUUCAGCUCAUUACCUGGUGAGUUGUUGGAAGAGCUGUUGUCCAUCCUGUCCUCGCGUAAUUUGUUGACACGUGCUGCCUUGCAUCUCCUUCUCCUCCCACAACUGAGCUGUUUGUCCCUCACAUCAGCCUGUAGCCUUGUCAAUGCCAACCUCUGCUCUCUUAUCCAGAUACGCUGCCAGAAUCUUCAGUCGCUGGAUCUUAGUGGUGCACAGAAUAUAUCUGCAUCAGUGCUGUGUGAGCUUGUGGGCAGCCAAAGUCGUCUCCGUUCCCUCUCCCUGGCUGGAACCCUGUGUGAUCAGAGAGUGAUAUCAGUGGUCUGCCGCAAGUGCCCCAAACUGAAACACCUGGAUGUGUCCCGGUGCCUUGUCCUCACCCCUGCAGGCCUGCUCCCUCUGUCCUACCAAGAACCACUUGUCAAGAAUGCAAACAUCAGCAGCCUACUAGCUCUUGAUAUCGGUUUAGCAGAAAAUGAGAGAGAUGCAGUAGCUGCAGUUGCAUUUCUCCUGCUUGGCUUACCUGGUCUUCAGAGGUUGGCAGUGGAGGGAUUGGGACAGGCUUGUGCUCUCUUACAGAACAAACAGUUUGAGGGGACCGAGGAGUUCACUAGUCGACAAGGUGUGCCACUUCUCAAAGACAUGUGGACGAAGCGAAAACGGGAAGACCACUUGAAAGACAGCAGUUUACUGAGUACAGAUAGAGAGGAAAAUUUUACUUUGGAAGGAAAAAUUGAUGAGUAUUUAUCGUUAGAGGAGAGUCAGAUAGAGGCUAGUGAUUGUACUGAUAUAAAUAAAUGGACAAGGACUUCAGGAGAGGGUUGUGACAAAGAUGGAUGUAGAAAUAGAGCUUGUAAUGGAAGGGAUAGUGUGACAACAUCUCUCAGGGAUGUACAAGGGCUGUCUCUGGAUACUUUAGAGGCGGUAGGGAAGGUCUGCCCUGAAGUGCGUGUCCUGUCUUUGGACUGUCUCCAGAGCAAUGUGGAUGAUAAUGUUGACCGCUUUGAACAGGCAGCAGUUUUAGCUAGAGGACUUGGUAGGUUCUCUGGACAGCUAAGCUGUCUUUCUCUACAGUUUGCUGGUCUUCUGUCUGAACUGGUUCCAGCACUUAAAGCCACAGGCUCACAUCUGCUUUCACUCACCUUGGAAGGCGUCAAAGCUGAUGGACAUAUUCCUCUUCUGGAGCUCAUUCAUGCCUGUCCCAGACUCACUACUCUCACUGUUCAUUUAGACCCACCCAGGGAUAAUCUUAAUGGAGAGGAAGAGGAGGAGGAUGAAGGUGAAGAUGAAGGCCUUCUUUCUAAUCUGCCAUGCAUUCCACACCUCCGCUCUUUAACACUAAAUUUUUCCCUGGAUGAACAACAUCUGAAGCCUGCAUUGUGUUGGAGGUCUCUGAAGGGAGUGCUGUGGGCACUUCUUAGAGGCGCUUCACUCCUUCAGAAGCUCUCACUAAUUGCUGUUCCCUGUCGACUGGACCCUGUGUUCAAACUUGUCCUGAAUCAUCGGGCCAAACCUCUCGGAGCCCUAGAUAGUCCCCCACUGCACUGCCUCAGAUCUGCUAGCCUGAACCGCUCCGAUGUCUCUAUGGAGACCAUAAUACAUAUUCUAAACACUUGUAGACACUUGUCUCAUUUGGAUUUGAGUGGCUGCUGGGCUUUGACUUUGAGCAAUAUCACAAAGUUACAAUGCAAAGCCAAAAGAAGGCGCCAUAUGCUGCAAAUAACAUGGGCAUGAGCUUGGGAAAGAAAAGGCCAUGCUAAGAUUGAAAAUGAGUUGUAUGUCACAAUGUUAUUUUGUUGAUUUAUAUUUUUGUCUUUCACAGUUGCCUAGAAUUACAGAAAAAAAGAUAAAUGUAAUGUAAUUAUGUAUUCAUGAAAUUGAUAUAUGAAACUAGGAAA